AAGAAAAAGGGAACCAACAAACCCUUUAUUAUAAAAUUAGUUAUAAUUACACAUUAUUGAUACAUAUUUAGAGUAUGGAGCAAAUGGAUGUAGAUGUGGACAUGUCGGCAAAGCCGAGUACUUCCAGCUCCGUCAUUGAUUCUGCCGCUAGUGCCCAAAGCAAUAAACCAAAAACUAAUAUCAUGGCCGCAGCUGGAACAGUGGCGUCUAUCACAAUUUCGCUGCACCCAUUGGUUAUAAUGAAUAUAUCGGAGCAUUGGACCCGUUUCCGAGCACAGCACGGCGAGCCACGACAGGUGUAUGGGGCAUUAAUUGGCAAGCAAAAAGGGCGUAACAUCGAGGUGAUGAAUUCAUUUGAGCUCAAAACUGACGUUGUUGCGGAGGAAACCAUCAUUAAUAAGGAGUACUACAACAAAAAAGAGCAACAAUACAAACAAGUUUUUAGCGAUCUUGAUUUUAUUGGAUGGUACACUACUGGCGAGAAUCCAACAGAGGGGGACAUAAAAAUACAGAAGCAAAUAGCUGAAAUCAACGAAUGCCCAAUCAUGUUGCAAUUAAACCCGAUCUCUCGAAGUGUAGAUCAACUACCAGUUAAGCUGUUUGAAUCACUAAUCGACCUCGUAGACGGCGAGGCCACAAUGCUCUUUGUACCGUUAACCUAUACACUCGCCACAGAGGAGGCGGAACGCAUUGGCGUUGAUCAUGUGGCGCGCAUGACAACAAAUGAAUCGGGAGAGAAAAGUGUUGUAGCCGAGCAUCUUGUUGCGCAGGACAGUGCCAUCAAGAUGCUAAAUACCCGUAUCAAAAUCGUUUUACAAUACAUUCAAGAUGUCGAAGGGGGCAAGUUGAAGGCAAAUCAGGAGAUCUUACGCGAGGCUUACGCGCUGUGCCAUCGACUGCCCGUAAUGCAAGUGCCCGCUUUUCAGGAAGAGUUCUACACGCAGUGCAACGAUGUGGGGUUGAUAAGUUACUUGGGUACGCUGACUAAAGGCUGCAACGAUAUGCAUCACUUUGUGAAUAAAUUCAAUAUGCUCUACGAUCGUCAGGGGUCGUCUCGACGCAUGCGAGGCCUCUACUACUAAUAGCAGCAUGAACCCAUUACAUUUAAUACAAGAUGCAUACGUACAUAUGUGGGCAAGUUUAUAAAAACCAUGAAAUCCACAGAAAAAAUACAUUUAAUUUUUUAAAUGCCA